CCAACAGUUCGAGUGGGAACCCAGAGGGAACCCCAGAGCACGCAGGUGUCCCUGUGGGUUUCAGCACAUCCCAGACAGUCCCAGCAGUCCCAUCCCAAUGGGUCCCAGCAAGUCCCAGAGCACACGGUGGGUGAUGGUGGGUCCUGGUGGUGCUGGUGGCCCCAUAUCCAAUGGCAUUCCUCAGUCUCAUUCCCGCUGCGCCUGGCUGGGGGCCCCGGGCGCUGUGCGGGGCGUGUGGAGCUGCUGCACGCCGGGAGCUGGGGCACGAUCUGCGACGACGACUGGGGACUGCCGGACGCGGCGGUGGUCUGCAGGCAGCUGGGCUGCGGGACUGCGUUGGCUGCCCCAUCGGGAGCCUGGUUUGGGGAAGGCUCCGGCCCCAUUUGGCUCAACCACGUGCGGUGCAGCGGCGAUGAGCAGCGCCUUGUCCAGUGCCGGCACCGGGGGUGGCACAGCCAUGUCUGCGCCCACGAGGAGGAUGCCAGCGUUGUGUGCUCGGCUCAUCCCCUGCUGUCGCCUGGAACCACGGAGCCCACUGGCACUGCUGGCAGCACCCCAACAGAUGCCCCAUACCCACUGCGUCUGGCUGGGGGCCCUGGGCGCUGCGCGGGGCGCGUGGAGCUGCUGCACGCCGGGUGCUGGGGCACAGUCUGUGAUGAUGGCUGGGGGCUGCCGGACGCGGCCGUGGUCUGCAGGCAGCUGGGCUGUGGAGCUGCGCUGGUUGCACCUGGUGGGGCGUUUUUUGGUGAGGGCACCGGCCCCAUCUGGAUGGACAAUGUGAGGUGCUGGGGGAAUGAGUCGGCAUUACUGCAGUGCCCAGCUGCACCAUUGGGCAUCACCGACUGCCACCACCGGGAGGAUGCAUCUGUCAUUUGUGCAGAUGAGCUGACUGGGGUAGACCCCAUGCAGCCCCCUCCCGAACAGCUGCCCACCAGGUCACUGCUGGUGCCCCCUUCUGCUGUGCCACGUGUGAGUGUCCGGCCCUGCAGCACCACCUCCCCUCAGCCUACACCAAGCAGCUGGCCCAUGGCAGGGACGUCGCAGACAGCUCCGUUCCUGCUGCGUCUGGCUGGGGGCCCUGGGCGCUGUGCAGGGCGCGUGGAGCUGCUGCAUGCUGGGAGCUGGGGCACGGUCUGUGAUGAUGGCUGGGGCCUGCUGGAUGCGGCUGUGGUCUGCAGGCAGCUGGGCUGUGGGGCCGCACGCAAAGCCCUCCGCAGCGCCCACUUUGGCCCUGGCAUUGGCCCCAUAUGGCUGGAUGAUGUGAAGUGCAGUGGGACAGAGGCUGCACUGUGGCACUGCCCAGCUGGGCCUUGGGGCAGGCACAACUGUGACCACCAAGAGGACGCCGCUGUCAUCUGCACAGGGCCAGAAGACUUGUCACCUGUGGCGAGCUCCCCAUCUCCCCCAGGAUGGGGUCCAGCCAGUACCAUUCCUCGACGUCCUCUAGGACAGAUUCUGACCACAAUCAUUCCCAUGCAUCCCCAGAGACAGGAUCCAACUGUGAGUGUCACUAGAACCACUGCAAGAGCCACAGGACAGGAUCCACACACCAGUGUCCCCAGCACUACCUCACGAUCCUCAGGAGAGGAUCCUACCACCAGUGUCUCCAGCACCAUGACACGAUCUGCAGGACAGGGUCGAGUCAGUGCCACCUCAACCAAAGCAGGGCGAGAUCCCAUCCGUAUCAUCAGGAUCACCCGACUCAAAGCAGAACAGGAUCCAGCUGGCAUCAUCCAGAGCACCAAGCCCAAGGCAGUUGGCGUCACCAGGCUGAAGGCAGGACGGGAGACUGGUGGCCCCACCAGGUCCAAAGUGGGAUGGGAUCCAGCUGGCACCAACAGGUCCAAGGUGGGACGGGAUUCAGUUGGCAUCAACAAGACCAAACUGGGACUGGAUCUGGUUGGCACCAACAGGUCCAAGGUGGGACGGGAUUCUGUUAGCAUCAACAAGACCAAAGUGAGAUUGGAUCCAGCUGGUACCAACAGGUCCAGGGCAGGACAGGAUUCUGUUGGCAUCAACAAGACCAAAGUGAGAUUGGAUCCAGCUGGUACCAACAGGUCAAAGGUGGGACGGGAUUCUGUUGGCAUCAACAAAAUCAAAGCAGGACAGCAUCUGGUGGGCAUCAACAAGACCAAAGCAGGACGGGAUCCAGCUGGCAGUAAUAGGUCCAAGACAGGAUGGGAUCCAGCUGGCACCGUCCACAUCACUCGACCCAAAGUGGGACGGGAUCCCCUUGGUACCGUGUGGAUUGCCCAUCCCAAAGCAGAGCGGGUUGUUGUGGGAGCCAACCAGAGUACCAGGCGUUGGGUUUUGGUGGGGACCACACCAGGCACCAAGCCUCAAGCAGGACAGGUUCCGGUUGGUUCCACCAGGAGCACCCAGGGGCUGGCAGGAUGGGAUGCUGUUAGUGCUACCCAACGCAAUAUGGGACAGGAGACUGCUGGUGUCACACAGAGCACCAGGUCCAAUGCAGAGCAGGACUUAGCCCUUACCACGAGGCUCCAGGCAAGUGCUGCCAUACGGAGUAACCACAGCCUGGGAGAGCCAGGUCCAGGGGAUCCCAUGGGGAGCACACUUCCUGUAGUAGUAGCAGCAGAUCCAGAAGGUACCACAAAGAGUGAAGCUCCUACAGGAGAACCAAGUCUGGAAGGGACCUCUUGGGUUUCACAUCCCUCAGCAGAACUGGGUUCUGAAGGUCCCGUAAGGAGCACUCAACAUACAGCAGAACUAGGUCCUGAACGCACCAUGUGGAACAUAUAUCCCACAGCAGAGCCAGCUCCAGAAGGUACCAUGAAAAGCACAGAUCCUAUGACAGAACUGAGUCCAGAAGGUACUGUGAGCAUGCAUCCUCUAACAGAACUGGACCCAGAUGGUAACAUGGGAGGUGCACAUACUUCAGUAGAACCAGACCCUAGAGGUGGCAUGAAUAACACAGGUCCUACAGCAGGACUGAAUCCAGAUGGUAUCACGGGGAGCACAUAUCCCACAGCAGAACUAGGUCCAGAUCGUACCAUGGGGAGCACACAUCCUGCAACAGAACCAGGUCCAGAAGGUACUGUGGGGAGCACAGGUCCUACAGCAGGACUGGUUCCAGAUGGUAUCAUGGGGAGCACAUAUCCCACAACAGAACUAGGUCCAGAUCGUACCAUGGGGAGCACACAUCCUGCAACAGAACCAGGUCCAAGAGGUACCAUGAGGAGCACAGGUCCUACAGCAGAAUCAGUUCUAGAAGGGACAACAGCAGAACUGGGUCCAGAUGUUACCAUGAGGAGUACAAGUCCUGCAGCAGAACUGGAUCCAGAUGUUACCAUGAGGAGCACAAGUCCUGCAGCAGAACUUGAUCCAGAAAAUACUGUGUGGACCACACAUCUUCCAGAAGAGCUGGGUCCAGAUGUUACCACGAGGAGUGCACAUCCUGCAGCAGAACUGGGUCCAGAUGUUACCGCGAGGAGUGCACAUCCUGCCACAGAACUGGGUCCAGAUGUUACCAUGAGGAGCUCAAGUCCUGCAGCAGAACUGGGUCCAGAUGUUACCACGAGGAGUGCACAUCCCGCAGCAGAACUGGGUCCAGAUGUUACCAUGAGGAGCACAAGUCCUGCAGCAGAACUGGGUCCAGAUGUUACCAUGAGGAGCUCAAGUCCUGCAGCAGAACUGGGUCCAGAUGUUACCAUGAGGAGCAGACAUCCUGCAGCAGAACUGGGUCCAGAUGUUACCAUGAGAAGCAGACAUCCUGCCACAGAACUGGGUCCAGAUGUUACCAUGAGAAGCAGACAUCCUGCAGCAGAACUUGGUCCAGAUGUUACCAUGAGAAGCAGACAUCCUGCAGCAGAACUGGGUCCAGAUGUUACCAUGAGGAGCACAAGUCCUGCAGCAGAACUGGGUCCAGAUGUUACCAUGAGGAGCAGACAUCCUGCAGCAGAACUGGAUCCAGAAAGUACUGUAUGGACCAGACAUCUUCCAGAAGAACUGGAUCCAGAUGGUACUAUGCAGAGUGCACAUUCUUCAGCAGAAUUGAGCUUGGGUGUUAGCAUAUGGAGUGCAUAUCCCACAGCAGGUAUUUCUACCUGGAGCACACGUUCUGCACCCAAAUCUGAUGCAGAAGGUACUGCAUGGGACGCUCAUUCUUCAGCUGAUUUUGAUCUAGAUGGUACCGUGAGAAGCAAACAUCCUUCAGCAGAAAAAAAUCUCAAAGGCACAAUGGAGAGUAAAUAUAUUGCAGCAGAAACAAGUCGAAGAGAUCCCAUGUGGAGGACUCAUCCCACAGAAGAACUAGCAUCAGAUGGAAUCAGGAGGAGAACACUUCCCACAGCAGAAUCAGGUGCUGGUCCAAUGGGAAUCUCUGCUCUGCCCACUAGAGUUUCAUCACCCUCUCCAUCUCUGGGCUUCACCCAGGGGCUGGCUGUCUCUCCUGCCAUUGCUGUUCAACUGAGUCCAGGCUCUGGCACCCACUUGCAGCACCUCACAGAGGCCCCCAGUACCCAGAGACCCUCAGAACCUACCCAGUACCCUGAGAUCCCCAACACCCAGGGACACCCAGCAUCCAUCCAACAUCCUCCAGAGAGCCCCACUGCCUCGAUAGAGCUUGUGCUCUCCCAGCAUCCCUCUGCAGAGCCCUCUGGUUUCUGGACACCCCCAGACCUCUUUAUCCAGACACCAUCAAGGAACUCCAGCCCUCAGAGCCCCCCAGUACUCACUGUGCACCCCAUAGAUCCCACCAGCCCUUACAUGAAUGCUGCCAAUUUCAAGCACAUCAUGGAUAUCCCCAGACCCCAGAGCCUCCCAGCACCCUCUGAGGACUCUGUUAAAACCCUCAGUACCCAGAAACCCCCAGUAUCUGCCCAGCAUCCCACAGAGACCCUCAGCUCCAAGAGUCCCUCAGCACUCUCCCAAUAUCUAUCAGAGAUCUUUAGCACACAGGUCCCCCCAGCACCCACCCAACACCCCAUGGAGACCUCUGAUAGUCAGCCCCCUGUAGCACCCACUGAACAAUCCACUGAGAUCUUCAGCACCCGGAGGCCCCCUGCGUUGCCCCAGCACUCCACAGAGCCCCCCAGCACCCAGAGGCCCCCAUCAACACAACACCCUAUGAAUACCUUUGACACCCAGAACCCUCCAGCAUCCCUUAAGCAUCCCAUGAAGUUGCUCAGCACUCAGACCUCCCCCAUAUCCCACCAACACCCCAAAGAGCCCCGCAGCACCCAGACACCCCCAGGAUCCUUUAAGCACCUCACAGAUCCCCCCAGCACCCAGAUUCCCUCAGCACCUGUCCAGCAUCCACUGGAGACUUUCAGCACUCAGACUCCCCAAGCACCCCUCCGGCACCCCGUGAAGUUUUUCAACACCCAGACCCCCCCAGUACCCACAGAGACCCUCCGCACCCAUUCUGCAAGCUCUGUACUGCCUGGACCCCCAUGUGCAGGUCCAGCCCAACCAGCACCACCGGUGCCAACACUCUCUGCACUAUGGGAUCGGGGGGGAUCCUGUGUGGCCCCUGCCCUGAGGGCACUGCUGUGGGAGGUGCGGGAGCUGCGGGGGCAACUGCGGGCCCUGGCCCGCAACCAGCGGCGGGGAGCUCAGCGCCUGGAGGCCGUCACCCGCCGCCUGGGCAGGCUGGCUGCUGUGGGGCAGCACAUCCUGGAGGACCCCCCCAG